AUGCAGAACGGCAACGCUGUGCCUAGAACACCAGCCUUCAAUCUGGCAUCAUGGGCCUCAUCGUUGACGUUUACGGAUCUUCCAUCUGAUGUAGUGAGCCGCAUUAAAUCCUUCUAUCUGGACUGGCUGGCUUCCGCCCUCGCUGGGCGCAGCCAUAUCAGUGUAACAUCGAUGGUCAAUCUCAUAAAGACUCAGGGACCGACCAAGGGGAAGUGCGAAAUUGUCGGGUUUCCCGACCUUACCACCAGCCCCAUCUUCGCGGCGUUAGUCAACGGUGCAAGCUCACACGUCGUGGAGCAGGAUGACUUACAUAAUAGCAGCAUGAUGCAUCCGGCAACCGUCGUGUUUCCCGCCGCCCUCGCCGUGGCUCAGGAGACUGGCGCCACCGGGAAAGACAUCAUCGUGGUCGGCUAUGAAUUUGCCUGUCGUUUCGGUGAACGACUAGGUAAAUCUUACUACGAACUCAACCAUUAUGCUCUUGAUCAGAAAUUCCACACCACGGCCACGGCAGGAAUCAUUGGCGCCGCCGCGGCGUCAUCCUACCUCUUAGGCCACGACGCUUCAACCAUGCUCUCGGCGGUAGGUACUGCCGGGACGCAAGCUGCAGGACUGUGGCAGUUCCUACUGAACGCGACGCACUCGAAGCAGGUUCACACUGCAAAGGCGGCCUCUGACGGCGUCCUAUUCGCGUACCUGGCCGGCUCGGGGCUGCUGGGCCCCCAGGACAUUCUCGAAGGCGACCGAGGUAUGGUCGCCACGUUAUCCCCAACCCAAGGCCGGGACUCGGAGCCGUCGAUCGUCGAUAAGGCCUGGGCCGAGGAAAUCAAGGCCGUAGACAUCGCCACGGUCGAGGCUCUCACGUACAAGAGCGCCAUCGCGAUCCUCAGUCUGUCAGAGAAGGCAGAGACGGUCCAUCAGAGUAAGUUCUCAAUGGGGUUCGUGCUGGCGGUCGCGGCGCAUCGUGGCAGCGCGAAGAUCACCGACUUCACCGAGGAGGCAUUGCUUGAUCAGGACCUACGUCAGUUCCAGAAGAAGGUCAAGAUGACGCUGGAUGAGAAGAUCGAGAAUGAAUUUCCUGAAAGGUGGCUGGGAAGGGUCAUCGUGGUGACCCGGACAGGGCAGAGGAUCGAAAGGGAGGUCGACGUCGUAAAGGGGGAUCCCGGAUGA